AACAACUGCUUGCUACCCUACACUUGCCUUCGAAGUUACUAUUAAUAUUUUAUUCGGACACGGGCUGUCGGAGAUGUAGACAUUUUAAAUACACGAGUGUGAUGCAGGACAGGUGCUUUACGCGAUGAUGUUACCCAUGCGUUUUCCGACGAAUUUACUGGGGACAUCAAAACGUGGGAAUGCAUAUUGUCGCGCACGAAAUAAGAGUUUCUGACUGGAAGUGUAGACGCUUGUAUUUCAGAAGGUGUAAAACCACAUCGACCGCUCAGGAUGUUUUGUGCAAAACUGAAAGAACUGAAAAUCGCUGGAGAGUGCCCAUUCUCUAUUGGAACACAAAACACAGAACCCGGUAAUUCUGAGGAUUGCGCACUGAAGGGUUCGGGGGACUUGCUGCCAGUUUCCAAAGAGGUCUGUGGAACUGUGCCUGGGAUCCUACCUCAGCGGAAGACAAGUAGAACCAAAGUGAAUCUGCAUACGUUAGGAGACAGCAUCCGCAAACUAGCAUGUCCAGAGUUUCAGAGGCUGCAUAAUGCUUUCCUGAGAAUGGUGAAAAAACACAAACUAGACAUGAUAUGUUCUUCUGCACUUUAUUCUGAAGUUUACCAGUAUGUCUUCAGGAACUAUGGAGAUGCAGAUAUAUUCAUAGAGACCAUGAAAAAUUACUCUGUGAAAUCAGGUAUACCGAUGGACACUUUGAGAGUCUGCCUUGGGGUUGAGGUUUUUGGAACAUGUUAUGAAGAGGACGGGCACAUUUUGGAAGUGGUCGGGGGCGCCCUCCAUGACUUCUUGAACAGUUUCAACAUCCUUUUGAAACAGAGCCCGAUGCAGGCUUCGGGUGGCACGGCCUGUGGAAAGGAGGCAUCUGUGCUCUGUCUGGACAAAGACCCGGGGUUCUUGACCGUGUACUACUUCAAUCCUCACAAAACGACCGAACUCUUCUUCCCGGGGGUAAUCACAGCCGCUGCCAGCGUGCUCUAUCAGACUGAGGUGGAGGUGGCAAUGAAUCAGUUGGCCUGUGGAGAGAGCGCUUCCGAGGAGCACAGCCAGCCUCACCUGCUCUACUCCGUGAUGGUGAAGCACACCAAGCUUCUCAGCCCUAGCCCUCUGAAGACACACUCCUCGGUGGACAUUCCAAAGGCGCUGUUCUGCCAGACGUUCCCGUUCCACAUCCUGCUGGACCAGGACAUGAGCCUGUUGCAGAUCGGAGACGGUCUGAAGCGAAGGCUGGGUCGUAAAGACGUCCAAAGGAGGCCCGUUUUCCAUGAGCAUUUUAUUAUUGUGGCUCCUGUGGUCAGCGGCACCUUCCAGGGCAUUUUGACAAUGCUGAACACUCAGUUUUUUCUAAGGAUAAAAGACAGAGCCACCCCUGCUGACUGUACAACAAAGCUGAUGGAACUGAAGGGGCAAAUGAUUUUCAUGACAGACUCCCACCAUAUCCUGUUUCUGGGCUCCCCGUGCGUGGACAAACUGGAUGAGCUCAUCGGACGGGGCCUUUACCUCUCUGACAUACCCAUCCACAACGCCCUGCGGGACGUGGUCCUGGUGGGCGAGCAGGCCAAGGCCCAGGACGGGCUGAAGAAGAGGCUGGGCAAGGCCAAGGCCGCCCUGGAGCAGGCCCACCAGGCCCUGGAGGAGGAGAAGAGGAAGACCGUGGACCUGCUCUUCACCAUAUUCCCCGGAGAGGUGGCGCGGCAGCUGUGGCAGGGACAGCACGUCCGGGCCAAGAAGUUCGACAGCGUGACCGUGCUGUUCUCGGACAUCGUGGGCUUCACGGCCAUCUGCUCCCGGUGCACCCCCAUGCAGGUGGUCGCCAUGCUGAACGAGCUCUACACUCGGUUCGACCACCAGUGCGGAGAGCUGGACAUAUACAAGGUAGAGACAAUAGGAGACGCUUACUGUGUGGCUGGUGGCUUGCACAAAGAGAGCUGUACGCAUGCUGUUCAGAUAGCGCUCAUGGCUCUGAAGAUGAUGGAACUGUCAAACGAGGUCAUGACGCCAGCUGGUGAGGUCAUUAAGAUGCGAAUUGGUCUCCAUUCCGGGUCGGUUCUUGCCGGUGUCGUCGGCGUAAAAAUGCCUCGAUACUGUCUUUUCGGCAACAACGUCACAUUGGCGAACAAGUUUGAAUCCUGUAGCCUCCCCGGGAGAAUCAACAUUAGCCCGACAACACACAGACUUUUGAAGGACAGCCCUGACUUCAUCUUCAUACCCAGGACCAGACAGGAUCUUCCACCAAAUUUUCCCUCAGAUGUUCCUGGCGUUUGUUACUUCUUAGAGGCAUCUCAUCAAUCCACCAGUCACACAGCCAUGUAGUCGUAUUCAUAAACCAACUGAAACUGAAUAUUGUUCCCCCUACAUAACAGAUAACAUCAUUGUAAUGCUGAAAUAAUGUUAACCAUGCCUAGAUAUUUGAUAACUGGUGUAAAAUACGUAAAUAUAGUAGAGCCUAUUUUUUAUGUUUUCGUUAUUCAUUUUGCUGGAAUCAGUUGAUUUCAUGUAGAUUUUAUAAUGCAAAAUAGGUUUAUAUCUCUGGAAAUGUGAGACCAGAGUGUUAUUGUUAGAUCUGUGAGUUAUCGUUCUAAUAAGCAUUUUUAUUGCAGUUAUUAUUGUUUUUCCAUUAUGACGUAAUGACAAUGAUCUACAAUAAAUUAACAAAAACGU